AUGACACCAGUUUGUGAUUGGUUUGUGAUUUGGACACCAGUUUAGGGGUAUAUAAGCAUUGAGUAGACAUAGAGAGCUCCCAUUGACUGAAAUUUUGAUUUCGCUAUCAUUUGAAGUGUUGUCAAAGUCUUACCCAAACCUCCGAAGCAAUGCCUCCCCAACCGAGUGGUAAAGCCGUGAAGAAGGCCGGAAAGGCCCAGAAGGCCGUCCGCGCCGGCGAUAAGAAGAAGCACCGGAAGAGGAGGAAGGAGUCCUUCUCCAUCUAUAUCUACAAAGUGCUGAAACAGGUCCACCCGGACACUGGUAUCUCAUCGAAGGCCAUGUCAAUCAUGAACUCCUUCGUGAACGACAUCUUCGAGCGCAUCGCCGCCGAGGCCUCCCGUUUGGCGCACUAUAACAAGCGCUCGACAAUCACUUCCCGGGAGAUCCAGACCGCUGUGCGUCUCCUUCUGCCCGGAGAACUGGCCAAACAUGCCGUCUCUGAGGGCACCAAAGCUGUCACCAAAUACACGUCAAGCAAGUAA